CCAUAAUUUGAUCCAUAUUUGAUCCAUAAUUUGAUCCAUAGUUUGACUGCAUUUGAAGACAAGUGAUGGCCAAUGAGGUGGACAAUGAUGAGAUGGUGUCCAAUCCGUGGUCGAUAGAGAUCCCGAAGUUCACCAAAGAGGACAACCCGUCGGGCAUUCUCUGUGAGAGUGCUUUCGCCACACUUUUCCCCAAAUAUCGCGAGAAAUACAUCACUGAAUGCUUUCCACUGCUGAAGAAUGCGCUCAAAGAGUGCGAAGUGAAGUGCGAGAUGGAUGUGGUGGAGGGCUCGCUCACUGUGGCCACCACUCGACAGACGUGGGACCCGUAUAUCAUCAUCAAAGCCAGGGAUGUCAUCAAAUUGUUGUCCAGAAGUGUUCCCUACGAACAGGCCAUCAAAGUGUUGGGCGACGACACCACUUGUGAUAUCAUUAAAAUCGGAUCUUUGGUCAGAAAUAAAGAGCGUUUUGUGAAACGACGGCAACGACUCAUUGGUCCCAAUGGGUCCACACUUAAAGCCAUCGAACUGUUGACCAAUUGCUAUGUCUUAGUCCAGGGAACCACUGUGUCUGCCAUCGGACCCCACAAAGGGCUGCAACACGUGCGCCGAAUAGUGGUCGACACCAUGAAGAACAUACAUCCCGUCUAUAAUAUUAAGGCGCUUAUGAUUAAGAGAGAGUUAGCCAAAGACCCGGAGCUUAAGAACCAGAAUUGGGACCGAUUUAUACCGCACUAUAAGUCGAAGAAUCUGUCGAAACGUAAGAAACCGAAAGUGAUUAGAAAUAAGUCGAGGAAAGAGUACACGCCUUUCCCUCCGCCGCAAACCGAAAGCAAAGUCGACAAACAGUUGGCGUCUGGAGAGUACUUCCUUAACGACAGCCAAAAGAAGGCGAGGAAUAUAAGAGAGAAAUUUGACAAAAAAGUUGCCGCAGAAGUGCGCCGACAGGAGAAGCGAAGCGCGCCGUUCGUUCCCCCGGAAGAGUCGCCGAAGAACGAGUCGAUGGCUAAAGAGUCGGUUCCGAGCGCUUCGCAAAUAGAUAUCGAAAAGUUGAAGAGGAAAGUGAAUAAAAUGCAAAAAUCGGGUUUCAGACGAUCUGAUGACACGGAUAUUGAGUCGAAAAACACGAAAACUAAUGUAAAGAGCGAUAAAAGUCGGAAACAGAAGAGAAAGGAACGCAAUGCGAGCCAUACCUAACAUUCAGAAUAUCAUAUUUAUAGUAGAAUUUUAAUCAUUUAUUUUGUCAUUUGUUUGUUUGAAUUAUAAGUUUUUUAUAUUAAAUUUAAGUAUAACAUCAUAUGCUCUGAAUUGAGACGUUUUGCUAUAGAGUACGGUAUAAGCCUUCAGUGAUAUUGCAUUUGUUAUUACUUUUUGAACCCAC